CGGAUCGUUGACUAGUCAAUUAUUCAACACAGAUCUACAAAUGGCUAUUUCCUUUGUGAAAUCUUAUUUUAGCAACUAGUUCCUUGGGCCAAGUUUAAAGGGACCGGUGGCUGCCAAGUCGGGUCUGAAAGAAGUGAUAUCGAGGAGAAUCUUCAUGGUUCUGUUGGAAGGGGGAUGCACGCGUCGAUGCGGAAACGGCAGAGCUAUGCUAUGCAGUCGUCAACUUUUCUCUCUAGGCAUGGGUCCAGAGACAUGGACUCAUCUCUGCUGAAGCCCAAGUUCCACCUGGACCUGUGGGUCAGUUUCACCAUCCAGAACUGGCUGCUGGACUUCGGGAGGCCCAUUGUCAUGAUCAUCCUCCCUCUAGAGUGGUUCCCCCUGAACAGACCCAGUGCUGGGGACUACUUCCACAUGGCUUACAACAUCAUCACACCCUUCCUGCUUCUCAAGUUGAUCGAGCGUAGCCCCAAGACCCUGCCCCACGCCGCCGUGUACCUGUGCAUCAUCACCUUUGUGAUGGGUGCCAGCAUUCACCUGGUGGGUGACUCCAUUAACCAUCGCCUCCUGUUGAGUGGUUACCAGCUCCACUUGUCUGUCAGAGAGAACCCCAUCAUCAAGAACCUCCAGCCUGCCUCUCUGAUAGAUUCCUUUGAGCUACUUUACUAUUAUGAUGAAAAGCUUGGCCAUUCUAUGUGGUAUGGUCCCUUCUUCCUCAUCCUCUUUCUCUACUUCACUGGUUGCUUCACACACAUCAAGGAGGAGAAGAGGAUGCCGCUCGCUGCUUGGUUUCUUCUCGCUCCCAGCGCCGUCUACUAUUGGUACCUGAUCACAGAGGGCCAGAUCUUCAUCCUCUUCAUCUUCACCUUCUUCGCCAUGACGGCCACAGUGAUGCACCAGAAACGUAAAGGCUUUGUCCCUGAUAGCAAUGGGCUCUUCCUGCUCUACAGUUUCUCCAUCGCCCUGGGUCUGGUCAGCAUCUGGGUGGCUUGUCUCUGGAGCGACCAGGUCCUCCGCAAGAAAUACCGCGGUGUCAUCUACAUACCGGAGCCUUGGGCCUUCUACACUCUGCACAUCAGAGACAAGGGGGCAUCAGCUUGAGCAAGGCGAAUUGCAGAAUCGGUCAUCUUGAUCACAUAAUGAGUAGCUACUUUGGAUGCAGGUGCACAGCAGAGACAAUCAGCGUGUUGGACGGAAUCAGUUUGAGCAAGCGAGGCACAGAAUCACUUAUCUUGAUCACCCAUAAUAUAAUGAGUAGCUAUCUGGGAUGCGAGGUGAUUUGCAGAUUUUUCCCAUUCCCGACUGCAAUGCAGUCGAUCUCCAACACGCACAAUCACUAGCUGCUCAAAUGACUCACUCUAGUCAUGUGUGCUGGGAGGAAAAGAAAGAGGGAUAGAGCACGAGUUUACCUAGUAUGCAACAAAAGUACAAAAGUAAGAGAUGUUAGGGGGAACUGUACUCUUGGGACUGUGUCAAGAACUUGAAUUAUCUCCGAAGUGAAGUAACUUUUUUUUUUACUAAGGUUUAAGUUACCUAAGAUAAAUUAACUUGAUUGCGUAUGCAGAUACAGAUAUGAAAUUCCUCCAUUGCUUAUUUUUUACAGAGAACUGAUGUGGUGUAAUCAAUGCAAGCCCUGUUGAUUGUGUCAUAUGUCUCAGAACAGUAGAGCUCAGAACAGUGGAGCUGAGCCAGCACCAUCUGGCAACACUGAAUGGAGACUGGAGAAACUGAAUGUAUGAUUCUCCUGGGAUUCCUGCAGAGAUGCUUUUCGAUCACACACACUCACCAGGGUUGGGGUCGAUUUCAUGUUGGUGUCAAUUCCAUUUCCAGUCAAUUCAGGAAGUACACUGAUUUUCCUUGUUGAAAAGCUACGGAAUAGAAUUGACCCAAACUCGGUCACUCACUCUAUACCCUUUAUCAGGAUUGAAAAGAUCAUUAUAGUUUUAUCAAUGUUCAGAAGCAGAUUUGAUGUAGUUCCUUGGAUGAUAUGAAGUCAUCUUAGCUUUUAUUAUGAUGUGCACCACCAACACUGUGAGGAAAUUUUAGCUGACAAUGUUUUAUUAUGGCUUGACUCAUUUAAGAUAUUUUUUCAAUGUCUACCUUUAUCUUUUCCACCUUGUUUCAUACUGUGUUCUUGUAGAAUGUAAAGGUACACUCAGCUAAAUGACAGCACCAGAGAUGAGCGAGAUGCAACACUUUGCUCUCACACAGUCACACACAGUAUCUGCGCAUGUGCACGGA